UAUAUACAGGUAGAUAUGCGUAUGUUUGAACCAUUACAAAGUGGUUUUAGCUUCAAAAGAAUUAACUAAUCAAUACAGAAGAUGAGUUUUCUAGCGGGAAGGUUAGCAGGAAAAGAAGCUGCUUAUUUCUUCCAGGAAUCCAAACAAGCCAUUACAAAAUUAUCCCAAAAGAAUCCACCAAUCUCAAAAAUCAAUUCAGAUGAACGACACGUCGUUCAAGAUCACGCCGACGUUCUUCCAGAAAUUCUCAAACACUCUCUUCCUUCCAAAUUAUUCAAAGACGAAACGGCGGAUUCAUUAUCGUUCUCUGCAUCCAAAUGGAUCCUUCCUUCUGAUCCCAAAAUUCGAUAUUCUGUGUCUCCUGAUGUUAUCAAUCCUCUUCGUGGUUUCGUUUCUUUGCCCCGAGCUACCUUUGGCCCCAAGAGGUGGGAAAUGCCUGAAUCAACACACGGGGUUUCAGCCUCUACAGCUAAUGAACUGCGUCAGGACCGAUAUGAAUUUCAUGCUAACCCGGAAAAAUUAAAAGCAGCAUCUGAAGGGCUUGCAAAUCUUGGAAAGGCAUUUGCUAUUGCCACUGCAGUUGUAUUUGGUGGUGCUGCGAUGGUAAUCGGUACAGUGGCAUCCAAGUUAGAACUGCAUAAUAUGGAUGACCUCAAAACUAAAGGAAAGGAUGUUGUUGAGCCACAACUUGAUAAUAUCAAAAAGCAAUUUAUUCCCAUGAAAAUAUGGGCUGAAAAUAUGUCAAAAAAGUGGCAUUUGGAAAGGAAAGAUGUCGAGCAGAAGGCUUUCGUAAAAGAUCUAUCUAACCUUUUUGGUGCUAAAUAAUCAGAUUGAGAUUUGUAUAUUUACUUGUUUUCCUUUUAUUAUACUUUGCAUUAAUAAUAGUGGCAUGGGUGAUAUGUAGAUAAUUUGGAUCUAGUGUUCCUCUGGCUGUUGUUCUGGCUUUAGUGUAGAAGUUAAAGCUUUCUGGAGAAUGAAAAUAAUACAGUAUAUGUAGUAAAUAACAGAAUUGCUGUUUUGGUUAAUUCAGCAAUUCAUUUGUUCUUUCA